CGGGAACACACGUUUUGUGAAGAUAGACUACGGCUGCUGUGUUUGGUCUCACGAACUCGAGCAAUCGCAACCCACGGACCUGCCAGGAGGCGCGUGCACGACGCACAUCGCUCGGCGACGGCAGGGGUGAACACGCGCGCUCCUCCUUACCCUGGAAAAAGCAGAUUAGAUUACAAUCAAUCGCCCGACAAUAGAGGGAGAGGAAAAGGAGGAGAGAGAGCGGAUUUACAGGAGGAGUGUCUCGGGAAAGCCAGGGGGUACUUGCGGAGUGCAGGGCAGGGCCCCAGCGACCAUGGCGAAUGGGACAAGAACAGCUCGAUCAAGUCGGCCGCAUCGGCCACCGCCGACCGCUGUGCGCGAGAUUCGAAUCCCGGAGUCGUACAUCGUGAUUCUACAACCGACGGUGACACCUUACGAGAUGCUCUCGUCUGUACUCAAGGGCUACAAGCCCACGUUUACCUACAGCUCUAUCUUCACAGGGUUUGCAGUAGACCGCGUUCCGAUGCAAAAGGCUCACGAGAUCCGACUAGAUAACCGGGUGCUGAAGGUCGUGGAGAACCGCGUGGUGAGCUCGUUAAGCAAGGAGCUGCUCAUCGAAACGUUACAGACCAAGUACACCGUCGUCAACCGCGACACCGGGGAGUUGUACGAUGUGCGGGAGAUCGACACGUCGAUGCCCUACCGCUACUCCGUCCUGCCGCACGACGUGCCUGUGCCAAGCAAGGCGCGACAGGUCUUGGGCAUUAACGAACAACACACGCACGUCCCACCGAAGGCAGCCAAGGUGUUCGGCCACAACCCGUACCGUCAGCACGUGACUCCGCGGGACGGAAACAUCACGGAUAAGGCGGCGCAGGUUCUCGGGGUGAUACCGCAGUCUGCGGGGGCGGGGGGUAGGGGCGGGGGGGGGUACAGGCGGUCGCACGUGAGGCAAGGUCCACGAGGAACGGUGGAGGAAGAGGACGACGCGGACUGGGGGGAGCCGCUCGAUUCGAUGGGGGGUGACGAUGGGAUGGGGAUAUUGCACGGCCACGGGCGAGAUUUCUAUAUGGGGAGUUCUCAGAGACCCGCAGAGAUGACUUCGGACGGGCCGUAUGACGACGACGAGGAGGGGGACGAUCUCCCCGUGGCGCUUUGGAAGCAACAGAGGCGAGGGCACGGUACCCGCAACCAAUGAAAAAACUUGAUAUCUUAGCUGUUUUACGGGGAGGGGGGGUGCGGGAGGGGGGGUGUUCAGUUUUUAAGGGGGCGGGGGGGGGGGGUUGAACGAGAACCUGGCGCGGCGGCGGGAGGUCCGAUCGCACUGAUACCCUCUAUCCUUGGGCCUGAGGCUUGACGGAGGGAAGGAAGCGGAUCGCAAGGACCGGAAAACACCUGCACCCUUCGCCGUUCUUUGUGCCGACAAGCCGCCGCCGCCGCCGUCGCCACUGCCGUCGCCGCUGCGAAUGUAGAACAUAUGCCCUCGAGGCUUUCAUACGCGCGAUUGGGGGAAGAGGCGAAGAGGUUCAUUGGGGGGUCGUGGCCAGCGCGCACGGGGGGCCGGGGGACGCAUGGUCGCGGGGGGGCGGUGAGGGAUACGUCCAAGCCGCAGCUGCUAUCGCCGCCAAGCUAGUGGAUGGAUUAGGGCCUUGGUGCGCCGCCAGCGGCUGCUGUUAUCGCCGUACUAGGUUGUGGCAACCGGCGAGUAGAUGGGGCGGAGAUUGCUCAUUGAACAUAAUACUGGGAGCUUGGCGACAUACACACCGACAAGAGAUUGGAUGACAUGCGCCGUGAUUUGGCUCCUGAUGCGGGCAACACGUUGAGGGACCAGCCUCCUGGAUGCAUGGAUAAAGCGUGGUGAUCUUGUGCUUCGUGGGCCUGCUCCAGGGCGGGUAGCCAACGCUGUUGCUGCACUGGUGUUUGGGGAGGGGCCUCGUGGUAGGGCGAAAACAAGGCGGGGCCUACGUGGGCGCCCCAACAGCAUGCGAGUGCAGUCGUGUCUCUGCACGCUCUCGCCGCAAUUGGGAAACACGGCAGGGCGUACGGCCGGGUGUUCGGCGAACCCACGGUUGAGGGUUGCAGGACAAAUGGGCGCAGUUGCGAGGCGAGGACAUCGCUUCGGCUCUCUCUCUUAGCUGUGUCUCGAGACCCCCCCCGACGAGGCUGCGCAUAUUUUUGAGUGAGGGGGAAGGGAACGUAAGAAUUUGGAUGCGGCUAUUGAACGCUCUCAAAAUAAGAAUGUCUUCCGUGUGAGAGUAGGAAUGGAUGUAAGCGCUCGUUAUCCGAAUGGGUCGUUGCUUUGGGCUUUCGACAGCGAGGAUCGUCUUUGGUUAUUAGCAAACAGAUGCAGCAACAGAUGUAGCGGCAGCACCAGCACCAGCAGCAUCAGCAGGAUUGUCUUUCUCCUUCCCUCACGUACUCGUCAGUAGGGUAGCGCUUCAGCGUCCCCCACGUUUUGGUGUUACGGUCUAAUAUUUCUUGUGUUUUGUAUUACUAGCUACCCUUUGGUUUUCGUUUGGCGUUUGUGGGGGAAUCGGCGAGGUGGUCGUGGUGUAGCUGCUUCUGGGCGGCGGGGUGGUUUGCGAUCUUAGCUGCCGGCGGUGCUGCUGUGUUGCUGGCCCAGUACCACUGAAUCAGACGGUUCUUGCUCCCAGGGGCACGAAGGAGUGGUCGUUGGUUGGUCGUCGAUGUCGGGUCGAGCGGGGCACAAGCGCGUUUAUUUACGAUGCCGCUUGUCCGCGAACCCUGGGUCUACCCAUUUGGAAAAUUGAAAAAAAGUUGCUUGGAUGAUGGUGCGACGGUAAAGUUGUUUCGAAGCGGAACGAAGGAAUCUCGCGUUGUGAAUUGGGAGCAAGUUAGAAGUAUCUUGGCCUGUUUGGCGCUGUUUUUUGGGACAUGACCAUUAUCUAAGAAGAAAGAAACCGUUACACGUGAAGCGAGUUUGUCUUUUCUACUGCACGCACCACCCGUCGCACACGUUCGGUGUGUGUUGAGGCGGUAGGUCGUUGUUCUUAUUGUUGCUGUGGGUUUUCUCGUUGUUAUACGCGUAGUUGAUCGUCUCUCUUCUUUUUUUUUAUCCUGUCUGUUUCGGUUUUUAUUCUAGUUCCUCCUCUGUGAUCGUUAGUCAUUUGAUUGAUUGAUCAGAAAAAUGGAUAGUCAUUUUAUGUGUUCGUUGAACCGACUCCCUGGCUGUAGCUCCCAAUUCCGCGGUCGCGCGGACGCGGGUGGGUGAAAUCGUUUCGCAUGUUGUUUCCACGUCAAUCCCCUCCUCCGCUUGCCAUUUUCGUAGAUCGCUUGAUGCCCGACGCUCGCAGAUUUUGCAUUCAUAAUUAUAUUCAUGUUGAGAGGGGGCUCUGGCAGGCAUUGAACGAAUGAAUGGAGAGCGAGGAGGGAGGCUUGAUGUGUGUGUGUUUUUUGAUACUAGUGUUUGGCAACGUUGCUUAGCUUGUGAUCGUUUUACUUCAUUGGCGUCAGUCAGCGGGCGGGUUGGGGAUUUGCUGUGCGUUUACGUGGAUUCAUCGUGGUGAGCCAGACACGAGGAACAGAGUAGAGCACUUACGUAUGCCACGACACAACAACACUUGCAAGCUAGGAGAUAUCUCUCGUGUGUUUUUUUGCGUGAGCUUUUAUUUUAUUUUGGCGGGCUUUUCUUAGUUAAGUACAUCGUGGGAGAGUAGUAGUGGGGGCAUAGCACACACGCUUCUCCUUGCAGCGAGAGGAACAAGCCUACAUAUUUUGGGUGCAACACGAUGUUCGGGAGGACGCGGGCGAGAAAUGGUAGCGCUAUUGAUAUUAUCGUCUUCCGACGACCUGUAGGCCCGACCGAUUGUCGGAAAUGAAAGAAACUUGUAAUCCAGACAUCGAAAUAUGAUCGAUCUCGACGUUUGUAGUGGUGCAAAAUGAUGCACCUCUUGCAAUAAUCUGAGCGGGUGCUUAUCAUCCCACAAGUUGUGUUCAUUUAUUGGGAGCUAUGGCAAGGGCAAUCAAAAUGCUUUGGGCAACAGAAAGCGGUACACCGGGGAGUUAGGUGACGACAAACGGUAC